AUGCAGAGGGGUUACAGGGAGCAAUGCAGAGGGGUUACAGGGAGCAAUGCAGAGGGGUUACAGGGAGCAAUGCAGAGGGGUUACAGGGAGCAAUGCAGAGGGGUUACAGGGAGCAAUGCAGAGGGGUUACAGGGAGCAAUGCAGAGGGGUUACAGGGAGCAAUGCAGAGGGGUUACAGGGAGCAAUGCAGAGGGGUUACAGGGAGCAAUGCAGUGGGGCUACAGGGAGCAAUGCAGUGGGGUUACAGGGAGCAAUGCAGUGGGGCUACAGGGAGCAAUGCAGUGGGGUUACAGGGAGCAAUGCAGAGGGGUUACAGGGAGCAAUGCAGUGGGGCUACAGGGAGCAAUGCAGUGGGGUUACAGGGAGCAAUGCAGAGGGGUUACAGGGAGCAAUGCAGAGGGGUUACAGGGAGCAAUGCAGAGGGGUUACAGGGAGCAAUGCAGAGGGGUUACAGGGAGCAAUGCAGAGGGGUUACAGGGAGCAAUGCAGAGGGGUUACAGGGAGCAAUGCAGAGGGGUUACAGGGAGCAAUGCAGAGGGGUUACAGGGAGCAAUGCAGAGGGGUUACAGGGAGCAAUGCAGAGGGGUUACAGGGAGCAAUGCAGAGGGGUUACAGGGAGCAAUGCAGAGGGGUUACAGGGAGCAAUGCAGAGGGGUUACAGGGAGCAAUGCAGAGGGGUUACAGGGAGCAAUGCAGAGGGGUUACAGGGAGCAAUGCAGAGGGGUUACAGGGAGCAAUGCAGAGGGGUUACAGGGAGCAAUGCAGUGGGGUUACAGGGAGCAAUGCAGUGGGGUUACAGGGAGCAAUGCAGAGGGGUUACAGGGAGCAAUGCAGAGGGGUUACAGGGAGCAAUGCAGAGGGGUUACAGGGAGCAAUGCAGAGGGGUUACAGGGAGCAAUGCAGAGGGGUUACAGGGAGCAAUGCAGAGGGGUUACAGGGAGCAAUGCAGAGGGGUUACAGGGAGCAAUGCAGCGGGGUUACAGGGAGCAAUGCAGAGGGGUUACAGGGAGCAAUGCAGAGGGGUUACAGGGAGCAAUGCAGAGGGGUUACAGGGAGCAAUGCAGAGGGGUUACAGGGAGCAAUGCAGAGGGGUUACAGGGAGCAAUGCAGAGGGGUUACAGGGAGCAAUGCAGAGGGGUUACAGGGAGCAAUGCAGAGGGGUUACAGGGAGCAAUGCAGAGGGGUUACAGGGAGCAAUGCAGAGGGGUUACAGGGAGCAAUGCAGAGGGGUUACAGGGAGCAAUGCAGAGGGGUUACAGGGAGCAAUGCAGAGGGGUUACAGGGAGCAAUGCAGAGGGGUUACAGGGAGCAAUGCAGAGGGGUUACAGGGAGCAAUGCAGAGGGGUUACAGGGAGCAAUGCAGAGGGGUUACAGGGAGCAAUGCAGAGGGGUUACAGGGAGCAAUGCAGAGGGGUUACAGGGAGCAAUGCAGAGGGGUUACAGGGAGCAAUGCAGAGGGGUUACAGGGAGCAAUGCAGAGGGGUUACAGGGAGCAAUGCAGAGGGGUUACAGGGAGCAAUGCAGAGGGGUUACAGGGAGCAAUGCAGAGGGGUUACAGGGAGCAAUGCAGAGGGGUUACAGGGAGCAAUGCAGAGGGGUUACAGGGAGCAAUGCAGAGGGGUUACAGGGAGCAAUGCAGAGGGGUUACAGGGAGCAAUGCAGAGGGGUUACAGGGAGCAAUGCAGAGGGGUUACAGGGAGCAAUGCAGAGGGGUUACAGGGAGCAAUGCAGAGGGGUUACAGGGAGCAAUGCAGAGGGGUUACAGGGAGCAAUGCAGAGGGGUUACAGGGAGCAAUGCAGAGGGGUUACAGGGAGCAAUGCAGAGGGGUUACAGGGAGCAAUGCAGAGGGGUUACAGGGAGCAAUGCAGAGGGGUUACAGGGAGCAAUGCAGAGGGGUUACAGGGAGCAAUGCAGAGGGGUUACAGGGAGCAAUGCAGAGGGGUUACAGGGAGCAAUGCAGAGGGGUUACAGGGAGCAAUGCAGAGGGGUUACAGGGAGCAAUGCAGAGGGGUUACAGGGAGCUAUACAUGGGCAAACAACGAGUCGAGUAA